CCUCCCACAGGCCGGCGGCGGCCAUGGCGGCCAGGCAGAUGCAGGCGUUGGCGGGCGCCGCGCUCGGGGGGCAACCUCUCGCCACCCUGCCACCCAAACCCUUCAAGGCCGAAGCAGGGUUCCGACGACAGCUCAGCUUAACCCUCUGCUCCGCGUCCCCAGGAGACUGUGGCGGCUCCGAGCCAGGCUCGCAGGACAGGCCGGAGGGACAGGACAGGCGCCCGGCGAACGCAGAGCUCACGGCCGCGGCGCGGCGGAUCGCGGAGCUACACGCGGCCGCCUGCGCGGCCGGUCAGCUAAACUAUGUGGAUCCAGCUACUGGCUAUGUGGUGCUCACACAGCUUGCCCACUUGCAGAGAGGUGAAUGCUGUGGCUGUGCCUGCAGACAUUGUCCGUAUGGUCAAGUCAAUGUUAAAGAUUCAUCUAAAAAGAAGCAAUUCAAUUCAUAUUUUUAUGUUUGACACAAUUUCAUCUCUGUUCUCUGUCUAACUGAACCUAUAUUUAAAAAAAAUAAAAAUAAAGCCCUAAUCCAGAA